AUGGGAAACCUCCUCAGUACCGAUACCGACGUCGCCAGCUCCUCCUUGGUACGCACCUCCUUGAUGCGCAGGGAGAGUACCGUAUCCGACCUCGUCCCGGGAGCAUACAAACCGAGGACGCAAGACGGGCUAGGAGAGAACCCGCCCCAUUUCGGACUUGACCUGCAAGAUUCGGUAGAUUCUAUCCUCGGACCGGUACCGGGAGCAUAUAGACCGAAGACAUGGGUGACUAGACUCCCUUCGGACGUGUCGAUGCAAAGAAUUCAUCUUGCGCAAGAGGCGUUUGUAAAGGCGCUUUCGAAGCGUCCUUCUAAACGCCUCAGAGUCUCCGCCACAGACGAGGAGGCAUGUGCUUCGUUAUAUUCGCCGAGCAACUUCGCUGAACUGGUCUCAACCCAGGAACAAGGCCACUCGUUUACGGUCGCAACGACAUCGGCGGCACCGAGGGGCGGCAGGCUCGCCUCGAUUACAGGCGAUUACAUCGCGCUGAUGAGCCCUUAG